UCAUGCUGCUGCCAAGUCCAGAGUCUGUCAUGGGUCCCUGUACGGCCUCCCAUUGCUGCUGUCUCCAUCGCCACACUCUGCCAUGUGCCACUUUCAGGUCUCCUCACACACUGCUGGUGUGUUGAAUUUUUUGACAUAGGGUGCUGGCAGAUUACGGGCCUCCCAUAGCUGCUGCCAGGCCCCUAAUCUGCCAUGGGCCCCUAUACCGCCUCCUCAUGCUGCUGCCAGGUCCAGAGUCUCUCAUGGGUCCCUGUACGGCCUCCCAUUGCUGCUGUCUCCAUCGCCACACUCUGCCAUGUGCCACUUUCAGGUCUCCUCACACACUGCUGGUGUGUUGAAUUUUUUGAC